ACAGUGUCAGUGCCAAUAAUAGUGGCAAUACAGUCGUGCUUCGUCGACUACCAUCAUCAAUUGUAAUAUUCGGGAUGAGUAACGUACUAUCAUUCUUCAGCUUUCUGUGCAAUGAUCUGAAAGGGAUGAAUUAAAAUACUGAAAAGGACGAUAACAUUCAUCGUGUGUUGUUUGUUAGUCUUCUCAAAAAAGCCGUGCUCACUGAGGACAAAGUACGGGAGUGAUGGUUCGCUAACCCGGUAGAAUCGGGUAAGGUGUUCAUUGGUUCUCGCUGAAUUCACCCAUGUUGCACCAUCACAUCUCCUGAAAGAUCUUCACUAAGGAAAAAAAAGACUGUCUUUGUAACAAUCGUUGUAGGCUUUACUGGAAACUCAACCAGAUUCGUUGCCUGAAGAUGCACAUGUGAACAAUUUGGAAUUUGGUCUUUCCGUCGGCAAUCUAAGAUGUCUCUUUUCAAACCUAUCACCAAUCUAAACCUCAGUGGGUCGACCACCAUCGCUCCUGACAACCAAUCCGUAUACAUCACAGAGAUUGAUGCUCAGAAAAGGUUUGCACGAUGUGGGGAGCCGUUGAUAGCCACGGUGUGUUCAGAUCAUACCAUCAAACUGGUCGGUAAAGAUUCCAUGUCAUCACGAGGCCAACUCACAGGUCACAGUGGACCUGUUUCAGGUGUAAGCUUUGCACAUAGAAACCCAUUCACAGUAUUCUCAUCAUCAAGAGAUGGUACUGUCAGAUGUUGGGACACGCGGAUGAAAAGAAACAAAGCUCCCCAAGUCUUCACAGGUUACGAGGGAAAUUCUUUCACAAGCUUUGACAUCAACUCCACCGAUGACAUUUUAAGUGCUGGUACGGAAGCAGUAGAUAAUGAUGCAUACCUCAUGUUUUGGGAUAGGAGAAGUACAAAUCUCCUUGGUACAUACAAGGAAUCACAUUCAGAUGAUAUUACACAGAACAAUCCUUUUGUCAUAAAACAGGUCAAAUUUCACCCCACCAAAUCAUCAAGUUUAGCAACAGGAUCGACCGAUGGGCUUGUCUGUGUGUUCGAUACGAGUCAAACGAAUGAAGAAGAUGCCCUUGUGACGACGCUCAAUGCUGAAUCAUCAGUGAGCCAUAUUGAUUGGUGUGGAACAAAUAGUGAAUAUCUCUACUGCUUAACUCAUACGGAAACCAUCAGAAUAUUUGAUGCUGUUGAGUCAUCAGAAAUUACCAAAUUUGACUCAGUAAGGGAAUCAUUAAUGGAGGAUCUAUGUAAGGUGGACUAUCUGGUUGAUUGUUUCUAUCAUUCUGGUCUAAAGUCGUUAGUAGUUCUAGGAGGAACAGUAAGCGGUGACUUGCAUCUUCUAACUGUUGGGAGAGACAGACUUCAUUUUGUACAUUCAUUGAAAGGAACUCAUAAAGGAGUAGUAAGGUGUCUUCACUGGGAUGAUCAGACGCAGACAUUGAUCACAGGGGGAGAAGAUUCUGUGGUAUCGUCAUGGCAACCUGAUAGGACUGCCAAUCAGUCAUCAACAAAGAAGAGCACACCAGCACCGACGAGUAGGAUUCGGCAAGGAAGGAGAGCAGAGAAGAGAGGCUCACCGGUCAAGGGCUGGUCACAAUGUUGCUGGAGUUGUUUUCAGUUCUUCUUAAGUCCUGGACCUAACAAGCCUAAGUCAAGUGUUGUGAUAACUGGACAGCCUGUCUAGACCUGGACUAAUUAAGACAUGAUUCUGAUCACUGGACAGCUUAUUCUAAUUAUGCAGAUGUCCUGGACCAAAAUGGAUAUAAGACUGUGAUAUACUGGACAGCAUUAGCCCAGGACCAACGGAUUAAGGGGUGUGAUCAUUGAAGAUCCUGUCAUUCUUCAGAAAUCCUAGACCACAUGAGCCAAUCUGUCGAGUUCAUAAGGAUCUGGGACCAAAUAAUCGAGAGUGAAUGUAAAAAACCCUGGCUCUAGUUCAUUUUCAUGAGAAAUGCUGGUAAUUACUAACUGGAGAGAAAAAUCUGGUCCAAUACUUACCAUGUGAUACUGGGUUAUUUACCUGUUUAGUUAUAGCCUGAGAAGUUAAAUAUUAUUCCAGAGGUAUGAUUUUCAAUUAUUUGAUGAGUUUAAUCCACUUGAAACAUAUAUAAUGAAUGAUAGAGGAAACAUUGAAUGAUAUCAAACAAGAUUGUUGUCUGCUAGUUUCUUUCAUUCAGAAGAAGCCAUAUAAAAUCCUUUUUUUUUUCAAAAACAAACAAAAAAUUACUUCUGAUCUUGAAUGUUUUUAAUGAGGAUAAGAAACAAAAUACUAUAAUAUUACAUGUAUUUGUUCUCAUUUACUUAUUUACAAUGAAUGUAUUUUAAUUUUCAUACCAUGUUCUUUGAAUUAGCAAAGUUGUUUAUUCACAUAUUGGCUGAUUAUUUAGGUUGCUUUUGUGAUUCCGAAUGAGUCAGAUAUGAUUGAAUUUAGCUGAUGUAGUCCAUUAAUCUCAAUUAAUAUUCAUUUAACACUUUAAGCUAAGUAGCUAUGGCAGCUGUCCUCUUCAUUGCUUCAGCUUAACCGUUUUUGUACAAGUGAGUAUUUUAAUCAAUGUAAGAUACACUGAUUCAUCAGUUUAUAAUGUGGAUUCUGAAUAUCUAGAACAAAGCCUUUUAAUACUUAUUCUCUCAUUGAUAAUACUCAUAUAUUAAGCAGGUCUAUGUGUUUUCAAUUGUGUAUACAUUCCUUGUGUUUUUGAGGCAUUAUCGUAUGAAGUCAGUUAUCUAUUGUAAUCAAUAUGACUGAGUAAUACAAUUAAUGUGGUAUAUUGAUUUGAAGUCUAGUUAUAUUCUGUAUUUUCUAAUUUUAGGAGGCAGGCUGAUCCCUCCCUCUCAAAAAAGGUAUAAGUUUUCAAUGACCAUGUGGACUGCAUGUCAAGAAGCUAUUGUUAUUAUUUUUUUUGUACAAAGUAAAGUAUUUAUGUUCCUGUGUUAUAAAACACGAAGACCAUGGUUUGAGCUGGCCCAUUUUGGCGGGGGCACUGUCACCUCUAGAAUUUGAUUCUUAUGCAGUGCUUCCCUUAAAAUCAUCUUGUAUAAUGAGUGUCCUUUGUUUUUUCAUUAAGGUUAUUACAAAGCAUGAGCUGACUCAAAAUACAUUAAAAAUCAAAAUUAAUGAUCUUGGUGUCAAUUAGUUGUGAAAAUAAUGUCCACAUCCCACAGGGUUUACAAAAAAGGUCACUUUUUAUAAGUCGUUUAAGCAUUUCUGAAGUUGAUUUGUAUUUUUUGUUGUAUGAACUGCACCUCCAUUGUGAAUUUGUAUGAUCAAUUGUUUUGUAUCCUCUUCUAUGAAAAUCAGUUUAAAUUCAUCAA